AUGGGUGGUGAGCAGAAGAUGUUGAAGUGGAGGGCUGUACGGCUAGUCGGGUGCAUCACAGCGCUCCUAGGCACCGGGGUAAUCAGCGGGCAGGAGGUGCCGUUGCAAGGCUCGUUUGACGGCACAGUGGACCUCUACAUGGGAGCCUUCUUUGCGUUCAAGAGGAGUCCAAUGCUGUCGCUUCAGCCUGAAGUAGCUCAGACUGCGUUAGAUCAUGUCAACAGCUUAGCGGGAAUACUUGAUGGAUAUAGCCUACAAAUGCGAUGGAAUUGGACCGGGGCUGGAGACCCAGAGGAGGGUUUACGACACCUAUACACUCUAGCCUACACAGGCCCACCUGUACCUAUAGCAUGGGGACCUAUCGUAUCAGUAGAGGCUCUCGCGGUCAAUCAAGUUGCCUCUAGAUAUCAUAUUGUUCAGAAGUUAGAGGACAGGUCUGUGUAUCCAUACACCGUACGAGCAAUCCACACCGCAGCACAAGUGUAUACAGCACAAGUGAAAGUGCUUAAGAAGAUGGGCUGGCGUCGAGUGGCGUUCAUUUACGAGGAGUCCCAACACUUUGCGGAGCAAAUGGAAACAUUUCGGCUCGUCUUGGAGGCUAACGAUAUGCAGGUUGUUUUGUCUGAGCGAGUCAAAGAUUUAUCCAAAUUUGACUUCCAUCUUCAGAGUAUCAAGCGCCAAGAUGCACGAAUCAUAUUUCCCGGCUUCUUCCAACAUGAACUGCUGAAACUGUUCUGUCAGGCGUACAUUUCUGGAGUUUAUGGAGCUAAGUAUGUGUGGGUAGCACCAGACUGGGCAACCUCUGUGUUUUGGCUGAACGCCCCUCAAUCAGUCAUUGACCCUUGCACGCAGGAGCAGAUAACAUCAGCCGUUAACUCUACUCUGUUAUUCAAUGGAAACCCUCGACGGGUGCAGCCAGAUGAAGUGAACUUCAAUGGAGUGAAGCCCCUCCCUGAACAUUAUCAGUACUACAACAACGAGUUCCCUGACGACUCUGUGCUUUAUUACACCUAUGACGGUAUUAUAGCCAUAGCAUUAAUUCUCAAUGCUUCCAUAGCUGACCUGCAGCGUCUUGAUCCUCCACGACGACUCGAAGAUUUCAGCUACUCCGAUGACGAGAUGGCUAGAGUCAUUCUGAAGAACGCUGACAACCUCGUAUUCACGGGAUUAUUGGGAAAAUUUUUGAUUGAAAGAGGACAACGCCAAAGCGAGAGAGUUUAUAUACAGCAAGCCCAAGGGGAACAUGUUGAGACAGUGAUGGUUUACGUGACAAACUCGCAACAGCUUCUCAAUUAUGGAGACACUGGCAUCAAAUGGUGGCCACGUUCCGGUGGAUGGUGUGACUAA